GAGCUACUUUUAUCUCUAGCUAUCAAACUCCAAACUCCGAACCGGUUUACAAGUUAACUGACCUUCGCGAGCGAAACAUGUUCGCGACGAAACGCCUUGUGAAUCUAAUAUUGGGUGGCAAUAAAAUAAAAACUUCGCAAACUUUAGUGCAACGUUACAAACAUGAACAUUUACAAGUAGAAAUCAGCGGCGAAAAUCUCAAGUUCCCCUACGUGUGGUUACGAGAUAACUGCCAGUGCGAACAGUGCUUCCACAAGACCGCCAAAAGCCGGAUAUUGGAUUGGACGAAAUUCGACCUUAACGUCAAACCAAAAGACGUAUUUAAGGACGAAAACUCCGUGAAAAUAUGCUGGACCGACGGACACACCUCACAGUAUAAAUUAAACUGGUUAAAAUUCAGAAGCUUUACGCCUAAAAGUCAACAAAAGUACAACGAGACAAUAUACAAACCGCCGAAAAUCACGUGGAACAGUGAAAACUUCGCUGAGAUAUUCAGUAAGCAUGAUUAUCACGAAAUAUUGAACUCUGAUAAAGCACUCUAUGACUGGUUGCAUAAACUUUCCGUGUAUGGAGUUGCGCUGAUUCAAAAUACACCGGAUUCUGAAACUGCAGGGGAUGCUAUUGUGGAGAAGGUUGGCUUCACGAAACGGACGCACUAUGGGGUCAAAUUCAUAGUUCAAAAUGUUCCCAACACGAGCAAUGUGGCGUAUCUAUCGAGUAAUUUGCAGAUGCACACAGAUUUACCCUAUUACGAAUACUGCCCUGGAGUGAAUUCUCUGCACUGUCUAGUACAGACUGAAGGGCAAGGGGGUGAUAAUCUUCUGUCUGACGCACACUACGUGGCUCACUAUAUGAAGGAACAUCAUCCAGACCAGUUUAAAGUAUUGACAGAAACCGAGGUCGAAUGGUGCGACAUCGGCACGGAACACGGCAACGAUUUCUUUAAGCUGUACAGAGCUCCAGUCAUCUGCCUUGACAGUAAGGGUGAAGUAAUCAGGGUAAACUUCUCCAUUCCCCAAAGAGGCAGUCAUUUUCCUGGACCGAUAGAGAGUGUGGUGCCCUGGCAUGAAGCUCACAGUUUAUUCUUUAAACUGAACCAGCGUUUUGCUGCCAAUUUCAAGACCAAGGCUGGAGAGAUACUGAUUUUCGACAACAUCAGGUUGCUCCACGGUCGCAACGCGUACGAAGACAACGGCAAUAACGUCCGGAGGCUGAUAGGCGCAUACGUUGACUGGGAUGAGGUGUACUCGCGAUUGCGCUGUCUGACAGUCAAAUUGAAGAAUGAAGAUGGUAUUUAGUCAUUGUUCUCAAUGACUGUUCAUUAAAAUUAAAAUUUUGUGUCCUUCAUUAAAAUAAUUCGUCCAACUUUGAUCAUUCACAAAUUAGUAGAUUCCUUAAUAAAUUCUUAUGAAUGAU